UUUCAUAUGAACUAACAACAAUAUCAUCGAUAAUCUAAAAUCAAGUACAAUAAAUGUAAGCCACAUAAAUAUUAUGUUACAAGAAUUUAUUUAACAGAGCUACACUGGAAAGUAUAUCUCUGAGCUUGCGUAGCCGAGAGGAACGCAAUUUCCGAGGAGAACGUGAAUGUAGCAAGAGUUUACAGACGUCACAAUUUGCAUUUUGCUUCGGCCAUGGCGGUGUUUGCUUCGUGACAACACACUUUUUUUGUAUUGAUUUAGUGAAGAUCAACAUAUUGGCUCUUCUUUUGUUGUGUGCUUUUAAACAUAUUUAUGCAGCUGCAUCGUCCAUAUUACAAAAGUGAAGAUGACGUCUAAACUGAAAGUUGGGAAGGUCGGCUCCAAGAACAAGGAGGAUGCACCGUAUGAGCUGGAGAGCCAGUUUGUCCUGAGGCUUCCUUUGGAGUACGCCUCAACAGUAAGAAGGAUUGCCCAGUCUAGCAGUAUGAACAUGAAAGACAGACUCACCAUUGAGCUGCACCCUGAUGGUCGUCAUGGCAUAGUGAGAGUAGACCGGGUCCCUUUGGCAUGCAAACUGGUGGAUCUGCCCUGUAUGAUUGAGUCUCUGAAAACGGUGGACAAGAAGACAUUUUACAAGACUGCUGAUGUCUGCCAGAUGCUGGUAUGUACACUAGAUGGAGACCUUUACCCCCCUUUAGAGGAGCCAACUGGCACCGACCCCAAGAGCAAGAAAAAGGACAAGGACAAGGACAAGAAAUUCAUCUGGAACCACGGCAUCACCUGCCCUCUGAAGAACACACGCAAAAGACGAUUUCGGAAAACUGCAAAAAAGAAGUACAUUGAGUCUCCUGAUGUGGAGAAGGAGGUGAAGAGAUUGCUGAGCACAGAUGCUGAGGCCGUCAGUGUCCGGUGGGAAAUCAUAGCAGAGGAUGAAUCUAAGGAAGCAGAUCAGCAUGGCUCUUUGGCCAACCUGGACUCCUCACCAGGCACCUCAGGACACAAGAUGGGUCAUGGGUCCUCUGCCCAGCGUGACGAACUGAGGGAGAUCUUCAAUGACAUCAGCAGCUCCAGUGAGGAUGAGGAAGACGAAGGGGACCGGCACGAGGACGAGGACCUGAAUAUCAUGGAUACGGAGGAUGAUCUGGUCCAACAGCUCCAAGACAAGCUCAAUGAGUCUGAUUCUGCACAGCAUGAAAGUGAUAGAAACAGCCAAAUAGUGAUGGAGUAUCAGGUGCAGAUCAACAACAUCAAGGCCAAGCUCCAGGAAACCUGCGCCAGAAAGAAACAGCAGGAGGAGCUCAUCAUGAAAGUGGAAAACCAGGCCCUCAAAAACCGCUUCCAAGCUUUGCUGGAUGAGAUCAUUCAGCAGGAGGAGAGGGAGAUGGAGCAGCUGGCCUCCCUACAGGAGCAGCUGGACUCUCUGAUAGAGAAGUGACCACCAGGGGGCAGCCUCAUGUCAUCAUGUCAACACGAGAAGAGGAGGAGGAUGCAAAGGAGAGCCUUCAUUAAAUGACUUGCUGUGUCAUAUCUUUCACUUUGUAAUUUUCAUACAUUACACAUACAGCAUACUGAUAUCUGUAUUCUCUUUCUUCUCUUGUUUUUCUUUUAUUAAGUUUACAAAAGUCUCUGUCUGAUUAUUUGGUUGACUUUAAUGGUGAUUAUGUGUCGGUUUUGCUAAAUGUCACUCAGCCAUUUUUUACUACAGCUCCAAGUCUUUUUUCAUUACCUCCAUAAAGAAUAAAUUACAGUCAUACACAAGUGUCAAUGGAAACUACCAAUUUUAUUGCAUUUGGGCCUAGAUUUACACAAGUGAGCAGUUUGAUGUUGGUCAUUAAAAUCCUUUUUUUUUUGUACAGGUGGAUGAGCUUUUCUCAAAGUGUUAAAGAGAGAGUCAAACUGAACUUUGUGUCUUUAUUUUCUGUAACUGGAUGUAUUUUUGACACUUUGAGAUAUGACACCACAGACAGCAGUUGUCCUCCACACACAACACACACACAGACCUUCCCCACAUCCCCAAAUAUUCUAUUUUUAUUUUUCAUUUUUAGCAUGUAUUUCUCAUUUCACUGUGUAUUUAAAUUAGGUUAAAGCUGCCUGGCGCUGGCCGUGUCUUUCUAACAGCUCACGAGUGUAUUUAGCAUAACGUCCCCUGAGUUUGUUGGAAUUAAACUGUGCCAGCACAAUGCACACUCAUCACAA